AUGUCAGGUAAGCGAAUCAAAUUAAGUGGUGCAGCUUACCAAAAAUUAGCUAAAGAAAAAAAGAAAAAUAACGAAGAACUACUUCAAAAAAUUCCUAAACUUCAUUCUUUUUUCCCUGCUAGAAUUGUAGAAAAUUCGGAAUUGAUCUCCACAGAAGAAUAUUCUCAAUCUCAAACUGAUAUUUCUAAAAUUGAAAUACCGUUUAAUACAGCUGAUGAUACAAAAGUUACUGAAAUUAUUACACAGCCACACAGUCUACAGAAUUUUUCAUUUAAGUCUUACCAAACAGAAAUCACUGUCUAUGAUUGUAAUGAUAAAUCGCAAAUUCCCGGACCUGAUCCAGUAAAAUGGAACUUAAAUUUAGAUUCUAUUAAUUUCUUACUUGCAAAUCCUCCGAAGAUAGAUAUAUCAACUAUACCAUUUGCAGAAACAAAACGAAUGUUUGGUAAUAUAAGUAGACGUCUAACUCCUGAACAUUUUAUGAGAAAACUUCAGAAUGGUGAAAAAAAACUAAGAGAAUGGGUUUUAUAUUCUCCUUCAAAAAACGCGUUAUUUUGUUUCCAGUGCUUGCUUUUCUCGCCUAAACCAACUGUUUUCGGGAAUAAAAACGAAGGUUUUAUAAACUGGAAAAAAUGUAAUGAAUGUCUACAAGAACAUGAGACUACAUCUAGAGGCUUAGCUUUUAGAGGAAAUAGUCAUAACUUUGGUUCAAAACAAAACGGAAACUAUCUUGGUUGUCUGGAACUAGUGGCUAAAUUCGAUCCUUUUUUGUCUGCUCAUAUAGCUAAUUAUGGAAAUAAAGGAAAUGGGAACGUGUCAUACUUAUCUUCCAAUAUAUGUGAUGAGUUUAUAACUUUAAUGAGUAAUACUGUAAUAGAUAAAAUUGUGUCCGAAAUUAAAGAAAGAAAAUAUUUUUCACUUAUAGUAGACUCGACCCCUGAUGUAACAACACGAGAUCAACUCACAGUUGCUAUAAGGUAUAUUUCAAAUGAAGGUUUACUGGUGGAACGUUUUCUUGGUUUUAUUCCCUCUGUUGGACAUAAAGGAUCGGACAUGGAGCAAGCAUUACUUAAAAAAUUUUGUGAACUUAAUAUAGAUUUAAAGUAUUGUAGAGGUCAAUCUUAUGACAAUGCGUCUAAUAUGUCUGGUAUUUACAACGGAUUACAGACUCGAAUUAAAAACUAUUCAUCGACAGCCUUUUUUGUGCCAUGUUCAGCACAUUCUUUGAAUUUAAUUGGUUCCAAUGCUGCAGAUACAACUUAA